AUGGAUAAAUCUACAUCCGAGCCAACUUGUACUGUCUGUCUUGAUCUUACCGCGCAUCCUCAUCCACUCUACGGUGACGAAGACCCUCCGACGGUAGCAGCUCUCGAGGCUUCUUCAGAACAGGGAUGCUGGGGAUGUAAGGUCAUGGUCGAUUUAUUUCACACUCAGGAUCUCGGCCACGGAGUUCAGUACUCGAUACAGUUGUUCAGUCCGGGUCAUGGGUUUGAUCACGAUAUACGCGUGGCCAUCUGGAAUAGCGAAACAAACCCAAAAAUACUAUCGAUGGCAACUCGGUGGUUCGACAUCCUUAGUUUUCCAGGAUCCGACGAAGCUCUUGCACAUGUGUGUGGCUGGCUUGAAAAUUGUGCAAAGGAGCACCGUAAUUGUCCUGGCGUAGACCACAAUACACAACUGCCAACAAGAGUGCUCAGAAUUGCUGGACCUAAGCAUGUCAGGCUUCAUGUAUCAGUACCGGGAGAAUUCGAGCCCUACCACCAAGCUGGUAUAGUGUGGGAAGAUCUUCCGAAAACUUUCCAACACGCCAUCGACUUCACACAUCGCUUAGGCUUCGAGUACCUGUGGAUCGACAGUCUUUGCAUCAUACAAGAUUCUGUGAGCGACUGGCGUCACGAGGCGGGCAGCAUGGCCGGAGUCUAUGAGGGUUCAAGCUUAACGCUAUGCGCCAGUCUAUCUGCGGAUUCUCGUGGAGGCUGCUAUGCGAUUGCUGAGCCUGAGCAUCUAUCUCGAGGCUUGCUCCUGACAGACUCCGACUCGCAAUCCUUCAGAAUACACACUCGUCAGAGAUUGGAGCACAUAGAUCUCAACCUCCAAGAUGGGAAAACCGGGCUUCCGUUAUUAAGCAGGGGCUGGGCUUUGCAAGAACGGUUACUGUCGCCACGAACUGUUGAGCCCCAUGAUUGGAUGAAAACAUCCAUUGGACAAGUCUCUCUGUCGUGGAACUACGUUGUACAAACUUAUUCGCGAACAAGCUUGAGUCUUUCAAAGGAUAUCUUCCCAGCCCUGCAAGGACUUGCCAAAAAGGCACCACCUACGAUGGGACAAUACCUAGCCGGUCUCUGGUGCGAAACUUUGGUCGUUGGCUUGAACUGGUCUGCGGUAGACCCGGAAAAUCACCUAAGACCCAAGGAAUGGCGCGCUCCCACUUGGUCGUGGGCAUCAGUCAUGGGACCUUUGUACACAGAUUCGCUUGACAGGGAAAAAUCCAGCAGAAUGCCAUCAAUAAAGGUGAUUGACGCGAAGACAACCUCCAAGGGAACUGAUCCUACAGGUGAGCUAUCAUCAGGCGAGCUACUUAUUAGGGGACGUGGUGUGAAGAUGCAGGUCGUUCAUGGUAGCGGGUCUGAUAGAACUGGAUCGUUCUAUGGUUCAUACAGAGGACCUUCACUCUCCCUGCUACAUGGAAACGAGGCACUGGAACGUUCAAACGAGGUUUUCAGGACGAGUUGGGACUAUGCAAUCGCUGCGCCAGGUCCAGAUCAUGUUCCCGAUGGCUCAGAAGUGAUCAUGGUAAAGAUUUUGGAAGAGGUCCACAACUUGGGUACAUUGUUGCGGGAGAGUUUGAUUGGAUCACGAUUUCCAGUCGAAUCAUCCUGGCUUAUCCUCCAAAGCAACAAACACGAACCAGAAGCUUUUGAACGCCUUGGUAUUGUGCUUGGUAUUACGUUUGCAAAUGCGAGCGAAUUUUUUUUUAUCUACAUGUAG